AUGAUAAUUCUUGGCGACAAUAACACCAAGGAAACAAAUAAAACCUAUGAUGAACUGCCGGUGCCUUCAAAACCCAAGUAUUUUCCAAAAAUAUUUACUCGAUUACACGGAGUUGUAUUGACCAUAGCGUGGCUGGCCAUCAAUCCCAUAGCCAUUGUACUAAUACGGUAUUUUAAGCGUGUGGAAAUAUUACCAGGCACAAUUGGGCUAAAAAUGCACAGGUUGUUUAUGUACGCCAAUUUGGGCCUUAAUGCUUUUGGCGGCCUAUUUAUAUACAUGCGGAUCGGCGGUUGGUCCGGGCGGGUUAUGCAACGUACAUUUUUGCCGUGUGUUCAACUGAUUACAAUAUACUGUUCGCUCGACUACCGGGUGGUCAAAACUAGACGCUCACAAUUACUAUGGCUCUUAAACGUGCUAACAAACUCUGAUAGUAGUGGCCGUAAAUUGCGAUCACUACAAACUACAGUCAGCCACAGUAACCCCGAUUAUAGCCCAGUCGUUGCAACAUACGGCCCGCCGGUAGCGCCGGCGGCACCGGUACGUCGGACUCGGCGGGCACUGAGUAGGGGUAACGCCGGCGUCGGUUAUACGCGUAGUCGUCGUCGUCGUAGUGGUCGUCAUAGCCGUAUCGACGCGAACAAUACCGGUCGCACUCGACCUGAUCGCACUCGCAUACGCAUAGGCCGUUACGGCACCAUCCAGUCAGACGACCACGGUAAUAUUCGCGACAGUGUAGGUUGCAGUACCGGUCAGAGCGUCGCGAACAUACAUACUUCCCAACACACCCCUGACCACCGACGAGCUGACAGCGUCGGCAGCGCCGGCUACGGCCGCGCCGACCACAUCGCCGAUCAUAUCCAAGAGGUCAGCUUCGCGGCCAUCCCUGUCCUCACUGUCCGUAUGAUUUACGGUCGACUCCUGGGGCAGGAUAUCCCCGGCCUGUCCCUCACCGGACAUAGGAAUAUACAGUCGUAUUAA